GAGUUAUAAAUAUACAAAUAUUAAAAAUAAAACUAUAAAUUAUCUUUGUGCAUUGAGAUUUUUUAUUAAAGACAUAGCACACAUUGAAAUAUAUUGUGUCAAUUAUUUAUGAAGUAUUAAAAAUAAUUAAUAUAAUAUUUUUUUGUAAACUUAAUUUAUGUGUAUUUUUACAGUUUUAAUAUAAAAUCAUUUCAAAAUUAUUAUAACUGAAUAAAUGCUUAUUUCAGAUAUAAAUCAUAAAAGUUUUAGUCCUAAUUUUUCUAAAAAAAUUAUAUAUAUAUAUAUAUAUAUAUAUAUAUAUAUAUAUAUAUAGAUAUACGCUUCCAACACGUACCCGCUUCCUAAUAUUUUUUAAAAAUUCGCUUAUGCGCUUCUUUACGUUUGCGCUUCCGCGUACCCGCUUCCGUUUCCAUACUCAGUAUGGUUAGAUAUUUAAAUAUUAAAAACACGCCAGUCAAUGUAAAACCAAGAAUCACCGGUUUUGGAUUACAGUUUGGUUUGAACAUAUAACUAUAUCUUUAAAAAACGUUAGUCUGGUUUUAUUAAGAAGCAAAAAAAUUACUGCCGAAAAUAGGAAAGUAAACUUAGAUACAAUCACAGAGAUAUUAUAGGAUAUGGGUACAUUAUACCUCUAUAAAUUAAUAAAUGUUAAGACUUUAAAAUUUUAUUAAUUUAUAAAAGUUUCUUUAUUUAGAUUUCUUAUUUUAAGAAAUAUUUAUUCCAAGGUAAGGAAAUUUUUUUAUUUUAGUAUAUUGUAAUUAAUUGUUAUUUUUUUUUAAAUUUACAUUUAUAUUAAUUUUAUUAUAUUAUUUGGAGUAUAUAAUAUAUAUUGCAUAAAACUUAAAUAUGGUUUUAGAUAAUAUUACUAAAUCUCAUCAAAAAUAUAUUAAGUGUUAAGAAAAUAAAGAUAAUUAUAUUGUGAAUAUAAACAAACCAUAUAAUGAUAGGUUCUUACUUAUAUAAAAUAUGCAUACAUAUAAAUUAUUAUUUAAUAAUUUUAGUGGCGCCAUAUAUUUAAAUAGAAUUUUCUAAAAAGUUAUUAUCUUAUAAUUUUAUCGAUUUGUGUCAAAUUUUGAAUCGGCCCAAGUUGGGACCAGUGAAAUUUUAUAUUUAUAGAGAUUAUUAAUUUAUCGAGUAUUAAUUUAUAGAGAUUUUUACUGUAGAUGGUAUAAGAUAUUAAAUGUUGCAAAGGACUGGAGAUUAAAUGCUGUAAUACGAUUGGAUUAUAUUUUUGAUCAAUAUUAAUUAGUUAUUUAUACAUAAAUGUAAGAGUGGCAUGGCAUGUAAUUAUCAAAGUAAAUCAUGGACAAAAUUCUAUUUGUAUUUCUGUUUUAAUAAAUUAGAUGGAAAUAUGGUCCGAGAAGAAGAACAAGAACGGAGAAAGAACAUUCUUUGAAGCAGAAGAUUAGGUAAUAAUAAUUUUUGGGGAAUAUAUAAAUUAUUUUGAUGAAAGAUAUAAUACUACCCAAAUCCUUUCUCAAAAAAAAAAGAAAAGAAGAAGAAGCAAUAAUACUACCGAUCUCUUCCUUCACGUGAUGUAUAUCCACAGAGAAAGAAAGUUGACCCAGGACAGAUCUUUUUUUUUUGCUAAACUGUAAAUAUCAUAAAUGAAUAGAAGAUUUUACAAGAAGAUCUUACGUCCGAGCCAUUUUGACAAAAAGAAAUAAAAAAACAAGAUGGAUCAUUCAACUACAAACUCAAAGGCAAUAUGUCAGCCUACAAACAACCUUCAAACCAAUUAUCUCAGCCACAUAACCAUGAGGGAUCCAAAGUGCUUCCUGGUUCUCCUUGCCGAGAUGAUGUUGCGUAUCUCCCUGUCGAUCCCAUGGAAAACCGCUGCAGCCGUGAGUGAUGUCUGGUUAUGGAUCAGGUUAUUUCUCUGUUUCCUUAGGUGAUAAACCACUAUCUGAACUUUGAUCAGUCAUCUAGGAAAAUAAACAGUUUUUAGUCUCCGUACAUUUGUUUUGUUCUUGAUCACUUACUAGAUACAUAAAAUUUUGGCUUAUACAUUCUAUAAACAUUUCAUGUUUUCAGUACUUUUCACAUUUGGUAUAAACAGUCGAUAUAAUUUAAUUUGAACAUUGGAUCAAUAUUUUUCAAUAUAUAGGACUAUUGUUAAGCUGAAAGCCAGUGAGCCUUGAAAGCUAUAUCCAAAGUUAUUUUGUCGUAAUGUGUUUGAUACUGAUAUGCACACGCAUCGUAUCAAUAACCAGAUUAAGUUUCCAACAUCAUAUAUGAUAUUUUCUUUCCUUUUUGGCAAAUGUUCAAAAAAAUUAGAACUUUUUCUAUACAUAUUGAAACUGGUAUAUCUAAGUGAACAAUUAAAAAUGUAUUUUGAUCGCUUAGUAAAAAAGUAUAGCUAUUUUAAGUAUAUAGAAUUAACAUUAAAUAAUAUAUUUUUAGUAAAAAAUUAAUUAUCCGCGCGAAUGCGCAGAUUUGUUUCCUAGUUAUAUAUAAUAGUAUAGGCGUGGAAAAUUUAUUGGGGUUAUAAAAAAAAAAUCCUCGUCUUUACGAACGGAUUGUUGCACUAUCCGAGGGAUUUCUGUGAGUCCUCGAAAUAAAAGUCGGAUGAUGUCAGAAAGAAUUUUUAUCCAAACAUUAAUUUGGUCGUGUCUUAGCAGACGAUAUAUAUAUAGGUUUCCGAUGUGUCGCCUUUCGAAAUCAAGAUAUUGGGAUUGGACUUGUCAAUCGAUUCAUAACGAUCGCUAUGAUCGUUACUGUAUCAUUAUCGAAGAGAUGCGACAAAGUCUUCGGAUCAUUGUGAAAUGUCUUAAUCAAAUGCCUAGCGGCAUGAUCAAAGCCGAUGAUCGUAAGCUAUGUCCUCCAUCACGAUGUCGAUAGCUCUUCUGAGCAGGUCAAAUUCAAAUACAACACAAAAAUCGUAAUGUUAAAUCUUGGUUUUGGGAAAAAAUUGCUAACCUAAACAUGGUCCAAAAGAACCUUAUGGGCCUAUGGCUCUUCAGCAAGACCCAAGAUCCAAGUCCAAGCCCAAGCCCAAGUCCACGCGGAUCAGAGCCGAGCCGAGCCGGCCGGACGGCGGCGCGUGCACGCGGAGCGUCCAGUCUCCUCCCUUGCUGAACACCAACAAGUGCUCCGACAUAUAUAAAUACCAUCUUUCCUCUCAUAAGCGAUCUGGGAUGUUUUUAACUCCCUUUCAUUAAAGCCAACAUGCUUUUCUUGAGGCCCAUUUUGUUUCAUAUUUAGACAAUUAUAUUAAAGCUUAUGGGCUUUAAGAAAUUGAUCCAACAAUACCCCACAUGAAUAGAAAUGACUCUAAACAUACGAAUACUAGGCUGAUUGAUAAACUCUAUAAACUCUACUGACUAUACUUAACUUAAAGACUACACAUACUGACUUUUCGAGUGUGUUUGCGAAAAGUUUACUAUGUUUGAGUUGGUGUCAUUUUUGAGCCUUGAAUCACUCAUAGUUAAUAUAUGUCGGGUUUACUUAAAAAGAAGGUGAACAUGAUGUCUUGAACCAACCGGUGUUUUAUGUAGAUCGAGACAACAUGCAUAAAGCAGCUUCAUUUUCUCGUAGAACUUAGUUCUCUAUCGUGUUCAUUGUGGCCCUGAAAUAUUCCUGGUUUUCAUGAGUGAACUUAGAGAAUAUAGACUUGCCUUCGUUCUCCUAGAAACAGCCUUAUUUCACACUCAUUAGGUGAUUGACCAUGAAAAGUAUUGAGUAAUACUUCACUUUAGAAGCUAUGGAAUCAUUAAAAGCCUAUGCUUAUCCUUCUCACAUUAGAUAGCACUUUUAUCAUCUUAGGUGCUGGGAAGAGACUGCUUUGUUUCAAAGUGCUUUUGGUACAUUCUGUUUGAUUUUAUUUUCCAUUUGAGCCUACAUUUUGGGAUCUCCAGUUAUGAUAUGUAGUGUUGCAAUCAAGCAUCCUCAUUCGUUAUAGGCUUUAAACUCAUUCCUUUUGAUGAUUUAGAAAUAAUAUCUCGUGGCAAACCUUUAGUGAAUGGAUCUGCUAGGUUGUCAGCCGAUUUGGUGUAGUCUAUUUUGAUUAUACCAUUUGAGAUAAGUUUUCUAAUAGUUUUAUGUUGUCUUUGAUGUGACGAGAUUUACCAUUGUUGAGAUUAUUCUGAUCCCGAGCUAUCGAUGAUUGACUGUCAUAAUGUAUGUGUAUAGCUGACACAUGUUUCUCCCACAUAGGAACGUCUUCUAAAAAACUUCUAAGCCAUUCAAUUUCUUCUGCUGGUUUGUCUGCGGCUAUGAACUCAAAUUCCAUGGUGGAUCUGGCUAAUAGUGUUUGUUUGAUAGAUUUCCACGAUAUUGUUGUUUCUCUUAGUAUAAAGACAUAUCCACUUGUGGAUUUUGAGGUUUUAGAAUCUUAUAUCCAGUUAGCAUCACUGUAUCCUUCUAAAACUACUGGUUCUUUACCAUAGUGAAGUCCAAAAUCUUUGGUAUGACGCAAGUAAUUGAGUACUAUCGUUAUAACUUUCUAGUGUUUAUGACCCGGAUUACUUGUAUAUCGACUUAGUACAUUUAGUGUGUUCGCUAAAUCUGCUCUAGUACAAUUUGUCAAGUACAUGAGACUUUCGAUCACACGGGCAUACUCAUUUUGUGAAACCGCUUCACAUGAGUUCUUUGUCAAGUGAAUUUGGAGAUCUAAUGGAGUUUUACGGUACCAUUAAAGUAUUUUUUAUAGAAAUGUCUGUUUUAUUGGUUGUUUCGGUAUGGUUAUCUAGACCAUCUCAAUUUUGAGUAAUAGAAUAAUUGUUUGAUUUUAAAUAUAAAAAAGACAUAAAAGGACGAUUACAUAUAUUGGACAUAAAAGAAAAGUUUCUAAACCAUACAUAUGACCUCAGGGUAUGAUAACACCUUGAGUCUUAUUUUAAAAGCUUUCAAAUUUGCUGUCAAACCUUAAAACCCUAUAUUUAUCUUACUCACUCAUCUCCAUGUUUAAAAAAAUAUUUUUUUGCAUCAACAUGAAUGUUUUUUGCUCUUAAUAAAAUCAAGAAAGUCGUUGACUCCGCAAUAAUUUCAUAUGCUAAGUUCCAAAGACAGGAGUAUGUUCUUUUGAGCUUCUGUAACUAUUUGAAAAUGUUGGAUGUAUGCGAGGACCAAGCUCCUGAGGAGCUUCAGGGGAAGUAUCAAGCAAUGGUAGUUUGUUGUAUUCUUGGAAUCGGAUCUCUUGUAUCUUGGAACAGUAUGCUCACUAUCGCAGAUUACUACUACCAAGUUUUUCCGGUUUAUCAUCCUUCAAGGGUUCUACCACUUGUAUACCAACCAUUUGCGGUUGGAACAAUCGUCAUUCUCGCAUACCAUGAAUCGAAAAUCAAUACUCGAAAGCGAAUACUAGUCGGUUACAUUCUAUUCACAAUAUCCACGUUCUUGCUCAUAAUGUUGGACUUGACAACAAAAGGUCAAGGUGGAAUCGGACCUUAUAUCGGUUUAUGCGCAGUUGUAUCUUUGUUUGGCAUCGCGGAUGCUACUGUUAAAGGAGGAAUGAUUGGUGAUUUAUCUCUAAUGUGCCCUGAACUCAUCCAGUCAUUCAUGGCUGGCUUGGCUGUAGCUGGUGCUCUAACCUCAGCGCUUAGGCUAAUAACUAAAGCAGCCUUUGAGAAAUCAAACGACCGUCUACGAAAAGGCGCAAUGAUAUUCUUAGUAAUUUCAACAUUCAUAGAAUUCCUCUGUGUGAUGCUAUACGCUUAUGUGUUCCCAAAACUACCCAUCGUCAAAUGUUACCGACAAAAGGCAGCUUCAGAAGGAUCCCAAACUGUUUCUGCUGAUCUUGCUGCUGCUGGUAUCCAAUAUCAAUCAGACAUGACUAAUUAUGAUUCCAAGAGUCAAAGGCUAAGUAAAAAAGAUCUAUUGCUUCAAAACAUAGACCAUGCAGUGAAUCUAUUCCUCAUCUAUGUUUUGACAUUAUCCAUUUUCCCUGGGUUCUUAUACGAGAACACAGGACAACACGGGUUAGGGACUUGGUACGCACUUGUCCUAGUAGCGGUGUACAACUUUUGGGAUUUGGUUGGGAGGUACAUGCCGCUGGUGAAAUGGCUGCAGACUAAAAAUAGGAAAGCACUUACAAUUGUGGUUUUGUCCCGUUAUUUACUCGUUCCGGCGUUUUACUUCACCGCAAAAUAUGGUGAUAAAGGAUGGAUGAUUAUGCUCAUUUCUAUUUUGGGAUUAAGUACUGGCCAUCUCACUGUUUGCAUUCUCACUGUAGCCCCUAAAGGUUACAUGGGUCCGGAGAAGAAUGCAUUGGGGAAUCUGCUGGUGACUUUUAUAUUAGGAGGAGCACUUACAGGAAUUUCUUUGGGUUGGUUAUGGCUUGUUGGUAAAAAAGAUGCUUUCUAAGUGACUAAGUUCUCAUCAACGGUUACUCAGAUGAGAACGUAUUUGGCUUCAUGAACUUUAAUUUGUACACAGACUUUGUUAAUCAAUAAUAUUCGGCCAGCAAAACAAAUUGUCUCUUCCAAAUUUACUUUAUAUAAUCUGGUGGUCUAUAUAUUUGAUGUGUGAUUAGAAUUUAGGAUACAUGUCGUGGAGGCAAGAUGGCUGGUGGCUCCGGAAUCCAUAUACCAAUCUGCAGCAAUGGGGUCUCCAAGAGUCAUCGUUUUGAAUGCAGCCGCAAAAUCAGUUCUGGGCUGGAACUCAUUUUUCAACAUGGGAGCUUGAUGUAUCUGUGGCCUAGGUCCACGUAGGCGACGGUAAGGUGCUGGUGAUGACAUAUAAGGAGCCCAUGAUUGUUGUUGAGGAUUCUGCCGCUGAGGGUAGGAGCCAUGCGAUGGUGGAUUCGAGUAGUAUUUCUGAUAGUAUCGCUGGUUGUUGCAUCCUCUGUUUCUGUUGCCAUCACGCCUGCUACCUCUGCCAUUAGAGCGUGGGUGAUUGCCACGGCCUGCGUUGUUGCUUGGUUGAGAAAAAUUGGUUAGAGCCGUAGAUGAUGAAGCCUGAUCCGAGUGUUGCGCGACAUGUUUGUUAGUUCUCUUCGGUCGUGUUUCCUCCAUUUGAAGCAUUGACUUCGGAGUUGCAAAAUAAGGAAAUGGAUCCCUAUGUCGAAUCACGUUAAUGAUGUUGUCGAAGCGUUCGUUGAGACCAUUAAGGAGAUAGGUAACAAGCGUACAAUCAGUGAUGGGAAUCCACAUUGGAUGAGGGGUAGGCAAGUGGGGCACACGCUCAGGGCCCACCUUUAAAACAAAUAAAUUUAAUGAUAAAAAUGGUCCAAAUUUUUAUUGUAUUUUUUGCAAUAAAGGCCCAAAAUAUUAUAUAUAAUCAAUUAUAUUGUAUAUAAAUUAAAUUUAUCCAAGAACCCAAUAUGAAGUUGAGCUAGUCUGGGCGGAUCCAACAACUUAAUGAGUAUGGGGCACACAUUAUAAAGAAUAUAUACAUUAAGGACAUUUAGAUAAAUUAUAAGCUAAUUACUGAAGAAAAUACAAAAUUUUGUGUGGGGCAAGUGCCACACCCAAGUCCUCUCUGCGUCUGCCUAGAUGAUCUGAUAGAGAUUUCAGUUUCUGGGAGUAAGCUUCUAUGGUGUGAUCGCCAAUCUCAGUAGUUCGGUGUUUGUUGUCGAGCUGAAUAGCUCUAGCUUCUUUGUUAUUGCAAAAUUUGUUUUCAAUAAGAACCCAAAUAUCUCGAGCUGUGCCACCAGUUUCGAAGGAGCUGCGGAAGAGAUCUGGUGAUAAGGUACCGUAGAUCCACAGCUUGACAAAUCCAUCUCGUUUGUUCCAUUAAACAUCGUUGGCUCCAUCAGGUACAGAACUCCCAUCAAUAUGCCAGCAACAUCGAAUGUCAGGCAGUGAGUAAAGAAGAGUUCACGCCAGGUAUCAUAGUUGUGAUCAUCUAGGUUUAGAAUCAGCGGUAUGUGUGACUUUAUAAUUGUCACACCAAAGGCUCUCUCAAAGUUAAUGUGUUGAGAAGAAGAAGAAGAAGAUUAGGUUCAGAAGCUUCUGGCUCUGAUACCAUGAUAGUUGGUAAAAUUUUGGGAUUCCUCAUAUUAAGUUGCCUUAGAAAGGCUGUGUAGUUACACAGAAAGCGUGAUCUACAAGAUAUUUACAACAGAAGAUCUGAAUACUAGGAUAUUCAAAUUGAUACAAGAGAAUAUUCUAUAUUCACUAACUCACACGAAACGACACUAACCUAGAUUGAUGUAGAGAUUACCCAUGAAGACUCGUUUCAUAGAACCUUUCAGAACCUCCAUUGUUGAUUGAUGAUAUACCAUAGUUUUACCACUUUUAAAGUCAUGGUAUAAGUCUUUUAUUAAGUCUACUUGGUUGGCCGUCCUACGGACCGGGGAGUUUACACUAAAACAAUUUUAUAUUAAAAUAUAUUUUUAUUUUAUUGAUCGAAGAAAUAUUUUAAUUUCAUUAAUCAAAAGGUACUUUUAUUCUAUAAUAUUUUUGGGAAAUUUAUUUUAAAUUUUAUUAAUAAAUAUAAUAUGUUUUUCUUUUAAAAUAAAAUUGUAGAUUUAUUAAAUUUUUCUGGUUUUGAGUUGAAAAGACCACUAACAUAUUUUUUUUUAGUGAACUUAAAAUUAUGAAAUUAAACAUAAAGUUUUAUAUUUAGUGCUUUUAAAUCUUUUAAAUAAUUCUACAUCAAUAAAAUCUAAAGUUAAAGCUGUAAAAUUUAUAACUUAAUUUUUAAAGCAAAAAAUCCAAUUCUAAAUCCCUAUUAAUCAAUCUCUUAGAUUUUCAUAUGUAUCCAGUACUCCUUUGUUUCGGCUAAUUAGAUUCUUUUGAUACAUAUUUUAUAUAAGUUAUUUUGAUACAUAUUUUAUAUAUUUAAAAUCUUAACUAAUGUAGUAUGUGUAUAAUUGGUCAUUUUGUUUGAGCAAAAUUUUCUUAUAAAUACGUUUUGAAGGGUUUUGCAAUUUUUCGUAACCAUAUUAACAAUAACGGUUACAACUAUGAGAUGAUACUUAUUUAUUGUAAAUAUUUAUUUUUCUAGUUGUUGAAUUUUAUUUAAUCAAGCAUUAUUUUAUUUUAAAAACAAUAUGUCAUAUAACAGAAAAAGAAAGGAAAACAACAAUAUAAAUUAUUAAAUACAUACAUGAAUUUAUUUCAUUUAUACGUAAAAAUAUUUAUGUUAUGGAAGUGUUCAUAUUUAACCAUGCACUUGCAUGAAGUGUUAUAUUUUCUUAAUUUUUUUGAAUAAAAUUUUAAAUAUUUUCUUAAUUCUACGUAAUAGUAUUUUCAUUUGUACGUAAAAGUAUUUAUGUUAUGAAAGUUGCAAGAAGUGUUAUAUUUUCUUUAUUUUUAGCAUGAAAUUGUUAUAUGCUUGAAUUUAUGUGAAGUGUGAACUUAUAUACAUAAGAAUUUAGACUCUCUGUAAAAUUAAAAUUAAAAUGUAAUUCUAAUAUAUGAUGUUUAAAAAUUCUUUAAAAAUCUGAUUCCUAAAUCGAUUGGUUUUUCGAGAUAAGAUGGUAACAGGAAAAUAUCAUACAUAAGUUGCUUCGCGCGGGAGAGUAAGUAUUUUUAAUUUAAUGUUUGAUGUUUGUUUAUAUUUUAAAGUGUUUUGGUUUUCAUUUAUGGUGUAAUAUAUUUGUCAAUUUUUCAUUUUGAUUAUUAUUAUCUAUUUUUGUUAUGUUUUUAUUGUUGACACAAUUUCUUUCUCAUAUGCAUAUGACCAUUUUCCUAUGCGGUUAUAGAAAUGGGGCUAAUGUGUUUAUAAUGCUAUUUUUGUAAAUAAAAAUGUAGGUAAAAUUAAUAAAUCUUUAAAAGUUAUGAUGAUGUAUUGAUUUUAAAAAGUUUUUGAUGGGUGACAAUCUAAGAAAAUAAUUUUUAAAAAAUCUAUUUUCCUAUUAAAAAUUUACAUUAUCAGUAUUUUAGUGUAUUUUUGUUAUUGAUGUUUAUUUUCUAAGUUUGAGUAGAUAUUAUUAUAUUUUUUUGCUUUCCCGUUUGGAAGUUUAUCUACAUAGUUGUUAUUGUAAUAUAUUUUAAAAAUGCAGAUAAGUAGAUCCAAUUGUGCACCACCAGAUUUUGAUAUAACUGUGUAAUUCAAGGAAAUAGAGUCUGAGCUAUAUUGUUUGAUAACAUCAGUAACACACACGCACACUCAACACUUUGUUGCACGUACUAUAUACUCAAUGCUUGAAAAAGAAGGAGAUUACUUGGUUACGUGGUCAUUUGCUGAUGGAAACUUUAAUGUCUUUACAGUUAAAGGGAGAGAAGCAUGUCCACGACUGUGUUUACCAAUACCUACAAAGGACAUAUAUAUCGAAAUCCACGAACCUCUACUAUAUCUAACAAAGGAAAUAUCAAUUCUCUUGAUACUUCAUAAAAAGAAAAUUUACAUACCUGUUACAACCCUUGUUCGAAAACUCGCUAGGCGCUACGCGUGCGGCACACUGGAGCCUAGCGAGUUAUUGAAAAAGCAGAAAAAAUACGGAGAGUACGCGGAGAGGAAUUUUUGUCCUUUUAUAUAUAUAUAUAUAUAUAUAUAUAUAUAUAUAAUAUCUCAUUUAUAUGUAUAAUAUAAAUUUUGUGUGUAAUAUUAUAUGUAUAAAACAUCAUUAAUACAUCGCCAGAGUAACUGUGGUGGUGCGUUUGCAAACCACUCAGACAAAAUCAAUACAUCACUUUGGUAGAAGACAAAAGGGAAAUAAGUCCAUAAGUUUCACUAUGGUCCAUGGUAUGCAAGAUUUUUAAACUAUUAUUAGGACCCACAAAACUCUUUUCUCCUUCUUCUCUGAAACAAAAACUCUGCACACCGAAACUCAAUCUUUUUUCUUUGAACAUUGCGAAACUCAAUCUUCAAUAACUACGUGUGCGGCACACUGGAGCCAACCGAAUCGAUCCAGUUCGCCACGUUAACCUCCCGCGUCAUGCUUAAUCAGACGUUAAAUCGUCAACUCGGCCGAUUUUUAGAACCAAGGGUUACAACAUACUGAGUUUUGCAGUUUUCUAGAAAAAAGUUUUGAAAGUCCAUGCCUACAUCUAAUCUACAACAAGGAUCUUGUAAUGCAGACCGCAAAGCUUCAUUCUUUGACCUGCCUUUAUUCCGGUGAUACCAAACAAUUCACUGGUUUGGUCGUAGUCAGAAUAGCCCCACUCGUUUACAAAGAUCCCAAAGGUCCUACUAAUUUUAUCUUUCUCCUAUCUAAAGAAAUCCUUCAAAAUUUUAUGGACUUUCAACUCUUUUAAGGAUUGAUAGAUGUAAGUGAUCAUUCGGUAAGAAUGUGAUAACUGAUAACUCACCAAAACGCCAGUUGUAUCCUUAGAGUGAGAUUCAACAUCUCGAUAUUAGCCUCCAUCAAUGAGGUUGUACACCUAAAAGCUAAAACCCAUAGACCAAAACAAUUUUUUAAUGAGCACAACUACAAAUUCUCUGACAACCACACAAAACUAUUAAUGAAGAUGUUUUACGGCAAAACAAAACUAUAAUCUUUCAAUCAAUCAAUAUGUGUUUGAAGCCGUUGGGACUGUGCAUAUCUAUAGACACUUGGAUCACCGUAGCCUGAUACGAAGAACCAUGUAUCAGAUAACAGCUAUUCACAAAAUCCAUAAUGUCAAACAGAAAAAUUAAAAAUCAUAAACUGACAUACCUUGCCAUCACGCAGAAGCAUAUCCACACCCAUUAACUCACCCCUUUCUUUACAUUCCAGACCUCCCAAUCUUGUCUUGGCUACUUGUCUGCAGCGGCCUCCCUUAAGAGAAACGAAUCUAGGAACUUGCAAUUAUCGGAAAGCUUGUUUGAGAAAGAACUCGAGCAAUUUGUCGAGAGGAAGUAGAUGAGUUGGGAAAGAGGCAUCUCAAAAGGUGCAUAUAUCACUCAGUGAAGCUUUUAAACGAUCAAUGAAAGCUGCAAUGAAGAUCAGGUAGUGGAUUAGUGGGUUUAGGUGAUUGAAUGUCUUAGCUAGAAACAUCUUCUCUAUUACUCCCUUAUGUGAAAAUCUAAUCUCCCAAAGACGUCAUCUAAAAUCAUUUUCUUUUUGAAUUAUUUUUAAUGUAAAAAUUAAAUUAAUUUUGCCCUUUAGAAACCAACCCUAAGUAUAUGUGUUUUAUUUCUUAUUUACUUUUUUUUUCUUUCUCUCCUUCUUACGACGGUUCACUUUUCUUUCUUUCUUUCUCUCUGCGACUUCUUCUUCUUCUCUCCCUCUCCGCAACUUCUCUCUUUCUCUUGUUCUUUCUUCUAUCUUCUUCUCCGUCAAAUCAAUUAAUAAAAAGUCUUGUUUCCUCUUGUUCCUUCUUGUUUCUUCUUCUCUCUUCUUCAAUUAACCCUGAGAUUAGAUCUGAAAACCAAAAGCAAAAACAAAUCUGCAGUGGCUCAGAGCUUCAUGUGAUGAUGAAGAAGAUGACGAAAACGGAGAAGAGAAGGUGGCAAACCUACCUGAGAUGCAGCGUUUAAACCUAUGGUUAUGGAUCUACGAUCCUAGAUCUACAAUUCUAGAAAUUCAGGGUUUUUUUUUAUUUUAGGGUUCUUCAUGUUCUAUUUUUUAUAUAUAUAUUUUAGGGUUCUUCAUGUUCUUUAUUUGAAAGAUUUUUGUAUGUUUCAUUUUUUUUAUUCAUUUCAUCUUCAGAUCUGAAUAACUCAGUAUAACGAUGUAUACCUAACACAUUGGUAAUACGUAGCAUUACCAGUAUAACUAGGUAUAUCUUACUCACUAGUAGUAUGCAGUAUAACUUGGUAUAACUAGUGAAACUCAGUAUAACCAGUAUAACUAGUGAAACUCAAUAUAACCAGUAUAACUUAGUAGAAUUCGGUUUAACUAUACCUCAGUAGUACCCAGUAUAACUCAGUAUAAUUAGGUAUAAUUCAAUAUAACUAAACAUCAGUAUUACCUAGUAUAACAAAGUACAACUUA